AUGUCAACAUCGUCCCUUGCGGCCACAAUGAAGUCUCCCAAGGCCAAUUCUCUGUUAUUACUCUUGCAGAUGUCUGAUAUAGAGUUGAACAAUCAAAUAAAGGACAAUGGUAAAUGGAAGAAGCGGUCGGAAGAGACCACUCUCGAUGUAAAUUUCCCGGAGUUAGACAACGCGUCCUUGGAAACCAUCAACCUCGUACUUAUUGGAUCCAGCAUGCUCGAACGGUUCAGAACAACUGGCCACGACCUCAAUUUAGGUUCAAAGCCAGGAAUUUUCAACGCCGGGGUAGGAGGCGAUACAAUCCCCAACUUCCUUUACCGCAUCAAUCUAGACCUCCUCUGGAAAGCCAAGACCCAAGAGAAAGUGGGAAUGGUUAUUGUCAUAUCCUUGAUCGAAGCUCAACUUUACCAAUUCGCUCUUCACUUGGAGGCAUUGAGAAGAACAUUCCCCCGAGCACGAAUCGUGGUCACGGCACUAUUUUACAAGAGAGAUAUCCACGUAUCGGAUGUUGAUAGAAGUAACGAGGAUCUACAAAACAUAAUCUCUGGAUUGCCUCGCGUGGAGUGGCUAGCAGCACCGGAAGUCAAUCUUGUCAACCAUUUUGAGGAUCACGUCCACUUGAACAGAGCUGGUUAUAAGAUAUGGGAUAAAUGGCUGGUGGAAAAACUUGACAUUUAG